AUGAACUCCGUACUUCUCAAAACUCCACCUUUCAUCCAUCGUCUCCCUUUUCCCCCUUCAAGAAUUCCCGAACAUUUUCCUCCCUUUCGCUACCAUCACACUACAAAUUCAUUGCAGAAACAAAUUCAGAUUUCAGGAACCUCCAGUGUUUUCAGAGUUAAAUCUUACCCAAAGAAUUAUGUCACCAGUGAAUUUGAAGGCGAAGAAUCUGUUAAAGAUUCGCCAAGAGAAGAGGAUUUGAAGAAGUUUGGGGUUUUACUGAGAUGUGGAUUUGUGGUGGGUUUGUUGGUUUUGGGGGUAAUUAGAUGUCAGAGAGUUCUGGCAGUGGAGGCUGGUAGCGAUUUAGGGGAUUUGACACAGAAGGGUAUGGUUUACUUAAAAGGUUUCUGGAACGGUCCCAAAAUUUCACAGGUUCUUCGAGUUUUCAGAGAGCAAGGCUUGAUUUUAGCUGCACUUUUGGGCUUAUCUGCCUUCUUUUCAAUGGCCGAGACUUCAAUUACCACUCUUUCGCCAUGGAAGGUGAGAGAAUUGGCUGAAAAAGAAGGAGAAAAUGGCGUCUUCAGGCUGCUACGCACAGAUAUCACUCGCUUCCUCACCACCAUUCUCAUUGGCACAACUGUGGUCAACAUUGGAGCUACUGCACUUUUCACAGAGGCGGCAACAACGGUUUUUGGCGAAGCUGGUGUUAGCGCAGCGACUGGUGUGAUGACGGUGGUUGUUUUACUUCUCACUGAAAUUACUCCAAAAAGUAUAGCUGUUCACAAUGCUACUGCGGUUGCUAGGGCUGUGGUCCGUCCAGUUGCAUGGCUCUCUUUGGUUCUAUAUCCAGUUGGAAGAGUUGUUACAUUCCUUUCGAUGGGAAUGCUUAAAAUUCUUGGCUUGAAAGGGAAAAGUGAACCAUCCGUCACUGAAGAUGAACUCAAGUUGAUGUUGAGGGUUGCUGAAUUGAGUGGGGCCAUUGAGGAGGAAGAGCAGGAUAUGAUUGAAAAAGUGUUGGAGAUAAAAGAUACCCAUGUGAAGGAGGUAAUGACCCCUCUAGUAGAUGUAGUUGCAGUUGAUGCUGGUGCAACAUUAGUUGAUUUCCAUCACUUGUGGGUGACUCAUCAAUAUUCUAGGGUGCCGGUAUUUGAGCAGCGAAUUGAUAACAUUGUUGGCGUAGCUUAUGCAAUGGAUCUGUUAGAUCUUGUUCAGAAAGGAGAUAUGCUAGAAACUGCAGCGGUGGGAGAGAUUGCUCACAAGCCUGCGUAUUUUGUUCCUGAUUCAAUGUUAGUCUGGAAUCUUCUGAGGGAGUUCCGUAUCAGGAAGGUCCACAUGGCUGUUGUUCUCAAUGAAUAUGGUGGAACUGUUGGAAUUGUAACCCUCGAAGAUGUUGUUGAGGAAAUUGUUGGUGAGAUCUUCGAUGAGAAUGACUCCAAGGAGGAAAUCGAGAGAAAAACCGGGAAUAUUGUAAAGGUAGCAGAGGGAAUUUUUGAUGUUGAUGCAAAUACAUCAAUUUACCAGCUCUCUGAAGAUCUAGAUAUCGUUUUGCCAGAGGAUCACCAAUACGAGACGGUUUCAGGUUUCAUCUGCGAAGCAUUUGGAUAUAUUCCAAGAACAGGUGAAAGUAUUAAAGUAAUUAUGAAGAAAGCAAAUGAAGAAGAUGGUGAUGAAAGUAAACAAGAAACCGACAGUCAUGAUGAGAAAGAUAGAUGUCAAACAUUCAAGCUCGAGAUAUUGGCAGGAAACUGUAGAAAGGUUAAUACUGUCAGAUUUGAAAGGGUAAACAAUCACUCGGCAAAACAAAUCAAAGAAGCUGCUCGUGUCGUGCCCAGAUUCUGGAAAAAGAAAUGGAAAAAUGACGAAAGCUCAGGCAGCAGCGAUGAUGAGAGAUUGUACGUGGAAACACCUAAAGCCACCUUCUCCCGAGACCGUAUAAUGUCAAUAGAUAACCAACAAUGAUCAAAGGUUUUUUGGGUUCUGCUUGCUUUGUGUAUAACUCGAGUCCAAGAGAGAGCGGAUCUUGAAAACCUGGUCUCGUGGUCGUUUUUUUAGUUGGUUUAUGGAAGAUCAUCUCAGGGUGCACCAACAAUCUUUCUGGUGGCUCAUAAUGGUUAGUUUGACUAGUGGUUUCAGACCCAGGGAACAACCUUAAUAGCUCCAUCUCUUCUCUCUUCUCCCUCAUUUUCUCCAGCUGCCUGAAUCUUUCUUGCAGGAGAGCGAUAGAGGAAGAACCACCACCACCACCACCACCUCCUCCUCCUACCGCCAUUGAGUUGCCACCUUGCCUUCCCAUGGACUGAAGAGCCAUUAGUUUCUUUUUAUCAGAUUCUUGUCUCAACCCUAUUGAUGAUUUGAUUAUGUUAUGGUUGUUAUAUAUAGGGAAAGUGUAUUUAGUAAUAAUAUGUAGCAAGUGAGCCUCCCUUUGUUGAUUCUGGUGACGUAAUCGGGGUCCAGAAUCGGCAACAGGAGCACAAGAUCCAAGGAGAAAGGAGACAUAUGAAGGGAAGAGGACUUUUUGAAGGAGAGAAAGGGCAAGGGAGUGAGUCCAAGGGGGGAAGAGUGGGUAGCAUUUGGAAGGUUGUUUUUGUGAGAAUAUAAAGGGUUGGGGUUAGGUUAGGUUUGAUGCUGUGAUCAGGUUUUGUAUUUUUGGAGUGCCUUAAGCUUUGUAGAAGAUGGUUACAUCUUUGGCUUCUUCUUUAUGGAGUUUCUGCAUUUGUUUAUUCAGGAAGAAAAAUUAAAUAUGUUUCUGUUUCUUGAAGCUAAAGUAGAUGCUU